CCAUCAGCUGUUUCUGCUUGCACAAUAUUCUCGCGCACAUUUAUUUUAUUUGGUGGCGAAUUGCUUUAAUUUACUGAAACAAAAUGCGUUUAACAAACGUGCUGCUGAAGAAAGUGAAAAGCAAGCGUAUUAUGGUUGUGCUGGAAAGCGCAGUCAGUGGGCAUAAGUUUAAUAUGUUCCGCGACCGCUUGGCCGAUAAAAUCGAAUUGAUUCGCUUCGACCCAUAUAUUCAACAGGAUAGUUUGUAUCGCGAGCGCAAAAAGAUUCGUAGCGCCUGAGGAGAGGUGCUAAGUGGAACAUUUGUUUUUUUUCUUUUCAUGUUGCUUUAAAUAUUUAGUCAAUAAAUACUAUUUGUAUAUCAAAUCAAGUAAAGUCAAA